UGGUCUAUGAUUCUUUGUUUAGCCCCCUUACCCAUGUAACCUCUGGGCAGGAUUGGCUCCCAUCUUAACCCGCUCAACAUCAGCCCAAACCACCCAUUUGAGCCUGUAAUUUAUUGGAUUUUUGGACUAAAUAUACACCACUUUUGAGAAUUUGCUGACCAUCUUAAGUGAAGAUCCAAAGUACAAUUUUUCAGAUUUGUUCUCUCGGCUGGGUUAGCUCAAUUAGAGACACUUCAUCAGCAGAGUCGACAAUUAUAUAUAUCGCCAUAUUCAAAUUUUCAUCCAUUUAUAUGCAUAAUCACACUGCUCUUUCACGUUUUUCCUACUGAAGCACCCCAUUAUUGUUUUUUCUUUUCCAAAGAACAACCCUUUAAACUAAUAAAGUAUUUUGAUAGGCAACUUUAAAGGGUUGUUCUUUUGAUAGGCAACUUUAAAAAUUCCAGUAUCUGUGAUAGUUGAGAUUAAAAAAAAGAUUAAUAGAGUAAUCUUCAAAUCUUGAAUUUAUUUCAGCAGAUUGCUGAUUGAGCAUUUAAACAAUUUAUUACUCCCUAAUCCCUGUAUAAGAGAUAGCAGGUGAACCCCACAUCUAUCUCUCGCCAUUUUGACUUCAGGUACCUAAUUUCUUGUCGUAUGUGCAAAUUUUGUGCUCUUGCUAUUGAUAAGUACUGAAUUUGUUUAGCUAAGUGCUGAAUCUGAGAUUCUUUAAGUUCUUGAAUUGCAUUUUCAUGGCCAACUGCACUAAAGUUUCAAGCUUUGUGUUGAUUCCACUGUUGUUUCUUUUUAUCUUUUUGGUUUCUUUCUUCAAAUUUUCUCACUUUUAUGGUUCUUUUUCUGGGUUUAAGUAUAUAUUGGAGCCCAAACAUAAGUUGGUUAUUUCUAUAUCUCAUCCAGUUGAUACCUUUCUUGGGAGUGAGGAAAGAAGAGUACUAACAAGUACCACAACAAUUGUCAAAAUGGAGAUUGAUAAUCGGUCAUGGGUUCCAUUGGUAGAGGAGUUCACUUUUGCAGCUAAUUCGGCCCCGUUCAAUAAUUGUCAUGCUUCUACUAUUGUUGAGGUGAAUAAAGAUCAUUUCUUGGUUGCUUAUUUUGGUGGUACAGUAGAGGGAGCUCCUGAUGUGAAAAUUUGGGUACAAACUUUUAAGGAUGGCCAUUGGAACGCUCCUGUAAUUGCUGAUGAGGAAUUUAAUGUCUCAAUGUGGAACCCUGUACUGUUUAAGCUUCCUUCCAGUGAAGUACUAUUAUUCUAUAAAAUUGGGCAAGAGGUACAAAAAUGGAGUGGAUGCUUGAAGCGAUCUUACGAUGGUGGUGUUACAUGGACAGCAAGAGAACAACUUCCUCCUGGUAUAUUGGGGCCAAUAAAAAAUAAGCCUAUCUUGCUGGAAAGCGGUUCCUUGCUUUGUGGAUCAUCUGUGGAGAGUUGGAACUCUUGGGGAGCAUGGAUGGAGAUGACUGCCGAUUCAGGUAGGACAUGGAGGAAGAACGGCCCAAUAUACAUCGAGAAUAACCCUCUUAGUGUGAUUCAACCCGUCCCUUAUCAGACUGCAAAUGGGACGUUGCGUGUUCUUCUAAGAUCAUUCACUGGCAUUAAUAAGAUCUGCAUGUCGGAGUCCCAUGACAGUGGUUAUACUUGGAGUUAUGCAAAGCCUACUGAACUGCCGAAUCCUAACUCAGGGAUUGAUGGAACAAAGCUGAAAGAUGGUCGUCUUUUGCUUGCGUACAAUACAAUUUCUAGGGGUGUGCUAAAGGUAGCACUCUCAGAAGAUGAUGGAGAUUCGUGGCACGAUGUUGUUACGCUUGAGGAGACUGUAGGAGAGUUCUCUUAUCCAGCUGUUAUCCAAUCUACUGAUGGAUUAGUUCACAUAACUUAUACAUACAACAGAACACAAAUCAAGCAUGUAGUCCUUCAACCCAAGUAAUGAACUACAGAAAGAUGAGAAAACCUCUUGAGUGAAGAAGGUAUGUAAUCCAUAUUUGUGCCAUGGGACUGCCGGAAGAAUUUGAUACACCACUUAUUUAAGACUGAUCUCACACCUAUUUUGUGACUGUUCUUCUAAUUCUAGAUUCAUAAUUCUCCUCGAAUCAGUUAUUAUGAUGAGGAUGAAGGGCAGCUAUUGUACUUUUUCACUUUUCUUUUCCAUUUUUGAUGCCUUUGUAUUCCUGCAAGAUUGACCAGGUCCUCAUGUGUUGUGGCUUUAAAUAUGUAUCUGGUUGUCACCGUUGCUUUAUCAGGAUGUACUUGAAAUUUAAGAAUUUAUUCAUGAUAAGGAAGAUGAUGAAUAUCCUCCUUAUUGUUGGUAGAGCCUAUAUUAAAAUAUCCUCAGAAACUACUAGCACUUUGUAGUAGAGGAAUAUGUGCUCUAGGGUUUCCUUAUCCAUUUUGCACACAUUAUUUAUGUUAA